GGCUGAAUCAGGUGGUUAGUCAGCAGGCUGCAGAAGGCUCUAGUCCUCUUGAUGGUAUGAUCCAGAGACUACAGCAAGAGCAGGACCAGAGACUGGGGUCUGACACCAGAGCCAGCAGAGGAUCUGUCAGUUCUCCCACAGAGGUCUCUUCUCCACCUAACGUGGGUCUGAGACGCAGUGGACAGAUCGAAGGUGUUCGCCAGAUGCACAGUAACGCUCCACGCAGUGAGAUUGCCACCGAGAGAGACCUGGUGGCAUGGAGUCGAAGGGUCCUCGUUCCUGAACUAUCACCAGCUAUAGAUUGUAAGCAGGAGAUUUGGCGUGCAGCUAAAGGAGAAGAGGAAAUCAACAUCUACAGGUCAGAAAGGAGGAGACGCAGCGUGCACAGCCAGUACCACAGAGAAAACCGGCAUGCUAUAGAAAGUUCUGUGGAGGAGGGGCGCCGUCACCAGGGUAACCAGCAUAACUACCAUACACGAUUGGCCGUGGAGGAAACGAGUCGUCAAAGUGAACCCAACGAGGAAGAGCACAGUGCUUCUGAG